AUGGCUACAGAGAGAACGGAGGAAGGCCAGCUCAUCAUAACAGUGCUAAACUCAUGGGAAGAAGAGGCAUGUCUCAGGUCCAUGAAGAAGACAGCUUUGAAAAACUGCGAUGAAUUCGUAUCCGCAUUCGCGGAAUGCAGUAAACACGGCACCGUACGUGUCUUUUUCGCUUGUCAAGCAACAAACAAGGCCAUGAAUGAUUGCUUGCGCCAAUUUACUACGGACGAAACACUAGACAAGCUACGUGAAAAGGCUCUUGACGACAAAAUUGCAAGAUUACAAUCAGGCCAGCAGAAACCUCCAAAUGAUGCAAACUUGCUGCAUCCUAUAUUCAGGAGGAAUAAGAAGUGA